AGCUCCUUGUUUUUGUUUCUUCAGUGGACGUGGAUUUUUGAUGCGAGUCCGAUGAUCGACCCUUUCCUCCACCGAGGAAUCACGAGAUGUAGCAGCCAGAAACACCUUUUAACGACGUCGGGAUUUGGACAUUUAGCGGAAGCACGAGGCAAAGAAGAAGAAGAAGAAGUGCUCUUCUUAUUCCCGGUUUUUGUGUCAACAUCAUGGAAAUGAUGGGGGUGGGAUACAGCGGACUUUUCUUGGCCAGACGGGUUCUGGACAGUUCUCCUUUGGAGGUCACGAACAUGUCCGACAUUGACGACGCCGGUCCUCACGGCUGCGAUAACGGAGCUCUGACGGACAGGUUCGGGGUUCUGAUCCAGGGACUGCUGGCCGUCGUCGCCUUCAGCACUCUGAUGUUGAAGCGCUUUCGGGAGCCUUUGGGGAUCAGGAGACCGUGGAGGAUCUGGCUUUUUGAUACGUCCAAACAAGCCAUCGGCGCUUUGUUCAUCCACUUUGCCAAUGUUUUCCUGUCCACACUCACCAAAGAGGACCCCUGCUCGCUGUACCUGAUCAAUUUUGUGCUGGACGCCUGUCUGGGCAUGCUGGUCAUCUGGCUGGCUGUCAAGUUGGUGUCAAAUCUGGUGGAGGUCAAGCAGUGGACCCUGCUGAGGUUUGGAGAAUAUGGUGACCCUCCCCAGGCUGCGCCGUGGCUCGCUCAGUGUGGCAUCUACCUGCUCAUCAUGGUGCUGGAAAAAGGUGUGGUCACCCUGGUGCUGCUCAUCCCAGGAUGGUCCCAGCUGCAGGAGGUGCUGCUGAGCUACAUCGCUAACCCUCAGUUGGAGCUGGCGCUGGUCAUGCUCAUCGUGCCCUUCAUCGUGAACUCCAUCAUGUUCUGGGUGGUGGACAGCCUGACCAUGAGGAAGUACAAGACCGUGAGCCUGGAUGACGCCUGCGGCUGUCCGGUGAUGGGGGCCGACUCCCUGCCUCCAGGGAGCAGUGAGGAGACACGGGUUCUGCUGAUGGUGGAGACGGACACAGAUGACGCUUCGGGGGAGGAAGAGGAGCCCGCCGAGGUCGGGGAAGGUCACGUGCAGUUUUCAGGUGGACCCGUGAGGCCCAGCUGGGUGUUGGUGUGAAUCCAGGAGAGCAGACUGUCGUCCACGAACAAACAUUUCCCUCCGUGGUUGCCUGAAGGUCUUAACGUCGCUGAGAUGCCUUCCUCUGCAGAGUUUCUGCUCAUCUUUUACAUUUUUGUCUCCUUUUCUGUAGGACUUAAAAAAAAACCAGAAUCGGUUCAAUUUCAACCCACAUGUGAUUAAAUAUUGAUUUAUUUUUGACAUUUAUAGUCUUUAUUUGGUCAUAAAAACCCAAUUCCCAGAACUGAAGAAAUAAACUUGAGGAAAAGUUGAAAUUUCAACAGUAAAAUUGUGAAUUCUUACAAUAAACACUUAAUAAAAUUCGUUAUUUAAAGGAAAACGAAUGUAAUGAAUUGAUAAAAGUAAGAAUCAGUUUGAUGAAUUGAUGUUUUUGAACCCAGGCCUCAUCAGAGAAACCUCAAAUGUGUGAAGGGAAACCUAUGAGUGGCUCAAGGGCUGCAGGGCAGAAUCUGACGUUUGGUAAACUGUUCUCUUCUUUUCAGUAAAACUGCCUUUUUAAUUAGGAUGCUAUCAGCGUCAUUCCCCUGUGGACCAUUGAUCUGUUUGUGAUUGCUGCGUAGAAAAAUGUUUACAUUUCCGAAAACGCUCAGGUCAAAUGAAAUAAUUUGUGUUUUCUAUGUGGAGCCUUUUUGUUACAAAUACCAGGAAAAAGUUCCGGUUUUAAAAGAGCAGGAAAGCCUAAAGGUCACGACACGAAGACUGAACCCUCAGCAGACAAGAAAACAUGGAAUUUCAUCUUUUUUACUCUUUUAUUCUUUCAUUUUAAAGUGGUAUGAUUCUGGUUUACACAAACUUAAAUUUAUAUUUCAUUUUACAUGUUAGAUACGGUGUUUAAGGGCUAUUUUCUUACAUUAUAUCAGAUUUUAAAGUAAAAUGUGGUCAUUUGCUUUAAGAAAUUGAGAACAUUUUAAAAAAACAAAGUUUGUUUUACCAAA